UUUCUUUGCUAUCUGGGUAGGUCUUGAGGCUCAGUUGGCAGGGAGUAAUCUUUUCGACUCAAACGUAUUACUGAAAAGUUUCCUGUUUGUUUGAUCUGGGUUUCCAUUGCCCUUUCCUCAGAUCAUACGUUCUCCAUUAAAUCCUUACUUCUCUGCUUCUACUGUUACAGCCAUCAAUACACACCUCUGGGUUUGGGCUAUUGGGAGGAAGACUGGGUUUCAUGCGGGAGAUGGAGAGAAGCGCAGCAUCAUAUAAGAAAUCAUCUUUAAUUGUUUAAGCAUUUCAUUUUGGGCAUUUGAGGAUUAUGGGUAGAGGCAGGGGAAAGGGGAAGAAGUUGAUUGUUGUUACGAGUCAUGAGGAUCCUGGUAGUGGUGGGGAGGAAUCACUUCCUGCAUACAAGAAAAGGGGGAGGCCGCAGAAGCCAUUAAAGGAUGAGAUCGAUGAAGAAGAGGUUGAGAAGAUUGAAGAGGAAGACGGGCAGGAAACUAAAUCAGUUACUUCAAACAAAGAGAUAAAAGGUCCAGCAGUGACAGAUAAUGGGAAGAAGAGGAAGAGGUACUCGCAAGCAAAAGAGAAUACAGAUUCUGUCAAAGAGGAGAACGGCACUGGAACCAAAUCAAGCACUGCUAACUCGGUCAAAUCCAAUGGUUAUCGACCGAAUGGGAAUAGGCGUAAAAGCAAGCCACGGAGGGCUGCUGAAGCUGGUGUUGAGUGUAAGUGAUAUUUGGGUUAGCUGUUGCAAUGAGUUUCUUCCCUUUUUCCCUUCACCAGAUAACGCGUGGGUCUGAGAAUCAGUUGUUGGUUCAUCUCUGGUUCUUUAUUGUUCUUUUUCUUUCAGCUUUUUCUGUUUCCUUUUCUUUCCUUCAUUUGUAAUUUUUGAUUUUCAGUUCCUUGUUGAUGAAUGAUUUUGUUUGGGAGGUUUGGAACAGGCUGUAUUGCUUUUUUUAAUCUUCCAUUAAGGUAUUAAUGUUGGAUAUUUGCACUUGUUUUAUCAUAUUAUAUAUAUUUGAUGUGGCA